AUGCGGAUGGAGUUGAAUGAUCCCCGUUUUUCAAAUGAUAUUACUGCUUUAUAUUCCCAGUUUGCUCAGUCGAAAGUAGUCGCGGCGACAGUGAAAGUUAACGUUAUCAAGAGGAAAAAGUUAUUAGAGCAGAUUGAUGAUGUUUGGAUUGUAUUCAAUGAUGCUGAUUGGGAUGAAGUAGAUUCGGCAUUGUUUGCGAAAAAAGAAAUUGUUAUGCAAAAAGUGAAAAAUGAACAGCGGAUCGCGAAAUCAUAUCAACUGUAUCACAAAAACAAGAAAAAUGUAAGUUUGUUCCCGAUUAAAAGCCAACCCUUACUUAACAAAUGUUCUCAUAAAUUGUCUGGUAUUGACAAGGAAUUCAAUUACCGCCUAACAAAAUCUACAGAGCGAAACGUUAUUAGCAAAUUCAAGAAUCUUGAUCGGGAAUCUGAGCUGUUCUACGUGGCAGAUAUAGGAUGUGGAGCAGGGGGGUUCACAGAGUAUAUUUUACUGCGGAGAGGAUUUUACAACACCAAAUCAUUCGGUGUUAGUUUGUCAAAUCAUGACCCAGUCAGCUCUUCACUUAAAAGUUGGCCAUUCUUUCUCGAUUACUACUAUGAUGGUAUAGGGGAUAUCCUUAGAAGUGAAACCAGAGAGGGGUACGUGGAAUUCGUGCAGAAAGGUACACAAAGUCAAGGAGUUCAACUGGUUGUUACUGAUACGGUUGCAGCAAAAGCAGUCCACUUGACAAGGGAGUUUGGAGAUAUGAAGCUGUUCAUAGCACAAGUACUGCUUGGUUUAAAAGUUCUUAAAGACGGAGGGGACGCAGUUUUUAUAUGGUUUAGCACGUUUACGCUUACCAGCGGUGGUAUAUUCUUCCUUUUAUACAAUGUGUUCGAAGAAGUAUCAAUUAACAAGCCUGACUAUACACAUCAGUUCAAUGCUGAAAGGUAUUUCGUAUGUUUAAACUACAACAAAAGAGCAGGAGCAAAAGUAGUGGAACAUCUUGAAAAAGUUAUACAGCGUUGGGAAGAUGGUAAGUAUCUCGAACAAUGUGUACCACAAGAUGUGAUUGAAGCAGAUAAAGAGUUUCUAGGAUACUUCAGAAAAAUCACAGAUAAAUUACUACAAAAACAAGUAUUCUUCCACGAGCUGAUACUGUCCAACACAAAACUCCCCCAAGAAGCAAUACCGCUUUCUGGCAAUGAUUAUCUCUAUAUCACUCCUAAAUAUUUCAAAGGACAUACAUAUCAAACCCUUUUCGAUCAAAAACGAGAGACUCUCACUAAAUCAAAAAAUACUCAAAAUUUUUUCUGUCGAGAUUAUAGAAGUUUGGAACAGGAUCUAAUAAUCAUAUCAGUUGGAAAUGAAGCGUCGGGAUAUAAAAAGGCCGGAGAGUUUAACUGGCAAGAAUACGAUUUCAUAGGUAUACCACCUGGCACAAUUCUGUUGGGCGAGAAACUCAAAAUGAGGGAUACAUUCUUAAUACACGAUUGUGGAAUGCUUUCAUAUGAUGAUGUAUCUUCCUGCCAAUAUCCGCAACGUAUGGAAGCUUUUAAAAAAUUUUCAUUAGCUAUAAAACCAGUCAGGGGAAAGUUCUAUUACUACGACUUUUCAUACAAAUGCAUUUCCCCU